AGCGUGUCUGAUGAUCAUUCCGGAACGCACCUACGUUUUGAUAAGGCCGUAAGCGUUCUCAAGAAACUGUUUGCCAGUGACGCUGAUGUUCGUUCGGCACGUUUGCAGUUUCGACAGAUUAAGCAGCGUCAUGGAGAGUCCAAUGUCAUUUUUCUGGCAAACCUGAGGGAGGCAGUCGCAAAAUGUAAUUUUGGGGAACUGACUGAUGAAAUGCUGCGCGAUGCUUUCAUUGAAGGAUGCAUGUCUGAUCCGUUACGUGACAAACUGAUCAUGACUGACCGACUGACCCUCUCCCAACUGGAGGAACUGGCCGCCGCGCACGAUCGUGGUCUGCAGCGGAAGGCCUUGCUGCAGGGCACCGUGAGCUCUCAGUCACCAGCACCAGUGGAGGUCGCGUUCGCCGGACGCCGGACCAGCGCCCCAGCGCGGAGGACACCACAGAAACAGCUUGCAGUGGAACACGUCAAGGGCCAGCUGAACCCGUCUGACGGCCUCUCCAGACUGCCGGGACCGGAGCAAGAGGUCGAGGAUGACGAGUCCGAGCUGGUGGCCUGCCUCGCCGACGAGACGUCAGCCGUCAGCCGUGAGGAGCUAGCAGUAGCGGGACGGGAAGACGCUGAGGGCAUCGUCCGGACCAAACAGCGGCUUCGAGCGCUGUUCUGGUGGCCCGGAAUGGACGCAGCGGUGGAGACGACCAUCAAGGAGUGCCCAGCCUGCAUCGUGGCCGACAAGACGGCGAAGACGAGGUUCGCGCCACUCAGUCCUGUUCCCCUGCCAGCUGCAGCCUGGGAUAAGAUGGCGGACCAGCAGUCGGUGGACCGCCGACAGUACCUGCAGUCCUACCUCCGCACGUACCGAGCGACGCCGCACGGAACGACCGGCCGGAGCCCGUCCGAGCUGCUCCAGGGCCGGCAGAUGCGGACGGACCUGGACAGCGCAGUCGCACCGGAAGGUGGCAGCACCGGAGACGCCGCCUUGCGACAACGGGUCAGCCGAAAGCAGCGCCAGAUGAAGCGACACUUCGACAAACGGAAGCGGGUCUGUGCACCGACCAUCCAGGUGGGAGACUGGGUCCGGUAUCGGGUGAUGCCGCGGCCACGUCUGCACCGUCUCCUGGGUGCACUGGAGUACCGGAGGCCGAGGUGGACCUGCCCUGUCAGCCAGUCACAGAUUCUGCUGCGUCGUCGACCGUCGGGCUGCGACGGCGAGCGCCAAUCGCAGUCGACGCCGCUGCCAGCGCUGCCGCUGGUGACGUGA